GACUUUUUAAUUACAAGCUGAACGCCUCCCUCCCUUCCAGGUCUAUCUUUCCUAACCAAACCCUUACCAAAUUCCAUUAAUUCUCUGCUAUACGCCUUCUCAGUCUGUGAGAGUAACUGACACCUGACACCGACAGACCUAUAACGUCUUCAUCUUAUUCCAGUAACAUCAAUCCUCCACUUUGACGACAACUCUUGCCUUGAUCUGUCCUCCCCUGCCCUCUCAACCCGGCCGUGACUUUCAACCCUCUCGCCAUGGCCCGAGUAGCCAACCGGAGGCAGGUUCAGCGUGUUGUGAAGCCAGUCACCACGAACUCCAUUAGCAAGUACGCUCGGCUGUCCAAGGCUCAGGUCUCCAGCGUCGAUGGGCCCGUGAAGAAGGUGCUUGCCGCGUGCAUACCGAACUCGAAGGCCUACGAACCCGUUACCGUCACGGUUAUUUGCGACACCAGUGACGAGGAGAACAAUAAUACCUCUGUCCGCCCCUCCGUUGCCCUUGCCGUUCCUGAAAAGGCGGACAUCUUGGUCAAGGACAGGACUCCCAACAAGAAAAAGCGGAAAGCUCCUACCGAGGAUGAUGGCACUAGUCCGACUACCCCUUCAGCUUCCAAGUCUCUCAAGCGUCAGCGUGUCAAGCGUGACGCGUCGAAGGACGAAAUCCCGGCCGCCGCUUCUCCUUCAGUGACGAAAAGGUCUGCGAAGUCUGUGUCGAGUCACUCUACACAACUUACGCUUGCUGAGACGUACCGCAAGGUACACAAAUCGACACUCAUUUCCAGCGCGAAGAAAGAUGGCCGUGAUUCGGUGCGGAAGGUCGGACGUUCAAAGGAGGCCGGGCCGCAUGUCUCGUCUAAGCGCCCUGCCGAACGAGAGGCGGCGAAGUCGCGAUUGCCGGCCGAGCUCUUGGAGCUUCUUGACCUGCAAAAGGCGAUUCUGAAGACAGUCAUUCUCCAAAUUACCCACCAAAACAACAACACGCCUAUCGAUAUUAGCGACAUCACGCCUCAGGUGUCGCGAACAUGGGGAAAGCGCAAAGUGACGGUGGACGACAUCAGGAGGUGCAUCGCCAUUCAAGACUUGAAGCCCGCAAAGUGCGGUGCGGCAGUAGCCGCAGCCGGUUCGCCAUUCAUCGUCACCGACUAUGGUCGCGGGAAACUCUGUCUCGAAAUCGACACGAGCAAGACCACCGGUGCCAUCGAUGAAGACGCGCUCUGCAGACAGUUCGAGAAGAACCUCCAUAUCCUCUGCGCGGAGCGCAUCACGGACGAUAUGAACGACCUAGACGUAUCCUUCGACAAUUUAUCCUUCGACGAUCUACCCAAGGCCGACAUCACACCGCGGCACAACCCUCUCACCGGGAAGCAAAAUCCUCUGCUAGCGAAAGGGCAUCGCGCUCUAGCAGAGCUCAAGAGUGGGAUUGCAAUCAAGCAGCAGGAGAAGGAGACGAAGCACAAUGCCAUAAGGGCCGACGCCGCCCCCGAAGGCAAGAAGAUGAGCCUGCUCGACCGCAUUCGCGCCAAGGAGAUGGCCAAUUCCCAGAUUCAACUGCCCUCGGGCCCAGAACUGGGGCGGAAAAGGGCUAUCAUGAGAGCAUGUGACGUCGCAGCCAUUAUCGGCAUGCUGGCAAGUUCGUCAAACCCCAAUGGGCUUCCAGUGCUCUCUUUCACCAUGGCAGUACUCCAGCAGAAACUCAAGGACUCGCUACGUGUCCCCAUGCCGGUCGAAGAAGGCAUCGACACGGUGAAGAUUCUCGCCAAUGAAGUUGCCCCCGAGUGGUUCCGAGUGGUGAGCAUGGGCGGCAAGGAACAUGUUGUGAUUCAGACAAGGAGAAAGCCAUAUGACACGGAGAUUGCGGCCCGCGUGGGCAGGCUCUGAUGUUGAUGUUUAUUGGUGAAAUGAAGGAUGGAAAGAUACCCCAUGGUUUUCGAGUUGUUUGGAGAAGCUGUAUGGUUUUCGGGAGAGGUCCUGUGGGCGUUCUUGGGGUGUUUUUUUUUUCUUGGAUCAGACAGCCAACACAACAUUGUUCACGUACUGUAUUUCAUAAUACGAUGGGAAAUAGGUCUGUUUUGUUUGCGAGGGAAACAGAAUUAUAGGAAAUAACGGGU